CAAGCGAAUAUUUCAUUGGGUGAUAUCAUGCGUAAUCUGGUUUCGUACUGCCGAGCAGAACGGUGAGACGCAGGUUUCAUGUGAUUCAAAUCUUCCACUGAUUUCCAUGAAAUCUUUCGAAUGGGUCAGUCGGUGGUCGAAUCCCCGGAUGACCACCCUUCGGAGGGGUUAAAUGGAAGACCUCAUCGAAGCCUGCAUGGCAGCCAUUGUAGCACGGAGCCUCCACCAUUGGGUUACCAUUACCUGCGGAGAUUGUGCAGAGAACGAAGCAUUCUCUUUGAGGAUCCAGAAUUCAAUGUCUCGUCGACUAAAAUUCCGAACUCUAAGCACAGAACUCAGGCAUCAGUAACAUGGAUGCGACCAUACGAAAUAUGUGCUCGCCCCAAAUUUAUUUCAGAGAACACAUCACGUUUCGAUAUCGAACAAGGAGAACUGGGCGAUUACAGUUUAGUUGCUGCAGUGUCUUGUCUGACAAUGACGCCCAGGUUCUUGGAAAGGGUUGUUCCGCCAGACCAAACAUUCCUUCAAGGCUACUGCGGAAUUUUCCGGUUUCGAUUUUGGAGGUUUGGAGACUGGGUAGAAAUCGUUGUGGAUGACAGAUUGCCUACUGCGAAAGGAAGACCGCUAUUUCUUAGAUCUACAGAUCCCAGCGAAUUUUGGCCAGCUUUACUGGAAAAGGCUUAUGCCAAGUUCUAUUGCGGUUAUGGCAACUUGCAAGGAGGCAGGACGUCACAAGCUUUGCAAGAUCUGACUGGUGGAAUAGCGCAAAAUUUCCGGAUAUCCGAACAUGAUCCUCACGUUAUGUUCCAGACAGUCAAUAGUUCUGUCACCCGAUCUACCCUUCUUGCUGCCACCAUCCAUACGGACCAAAGAUCUCCAGUGCGGCUAAGAAAUGGAUUGGUAACACAACACGCAUACUGCAUUACCGGACUUGCUAGAGUCAGGACUCGCACGGGCGAAGUUCCCCUCAUUCGUCUGCGUAACCCCUGGGGCAAAGGCGAGUGGAACGGACCGUGGAGUGACCGGUCGUGGGAGUGGGACAGUCUACCGGAGAGAGACCAGGAGCUGCUUAGCGUCAGAAUAAGGAACGAUGGAGAAUUCUGGAUGUCCUUCGAAGAUUUUCUUCGGAACUUCACAUUCCUGGAUCUUCUCCAUGUAGGCCCGGAUGACUGGAUGUUGGAACCCUCCCUGCACAGCAAGAGGCCUUGGAGAGCUGUACUGGCUCGCCGUAGGUGGCGAGUUGGCUUCAACGCUGGAGGAGGACCCCAGUGCAAAGAUACAACUGCUAUGAAUCCCCAAUUUCGGGUCCAUAUAGCGAAAAAUGGUGCCAAAAAAUGUCACGUGGUGGUCUCUAUUUUACAGUGGUAUGCAUUAGGAGCAUUAAGCCUAGAACAGAAUAAAAAGUGCCCUUUGCUUCCAUUAGGAUUUACAGUUUACGAGGUACCUCCGAACAUGGCACGAAUCAAUACCCAUUUCAUUCUCACUCAUCAAGCAUUGGACGUCGUAGUUCAUGCUCCAGUAAGGGAAGCCGUCAUAUUCUUCACUCUGCCGCCUGGAGAUUUCGUGAUUAUGCCUUUUACAGUGCAACCUAACUGCGAAACCAAAUUCUUACUCAGAAUCUUUACAGACGAAAUCAGUAACAUUUGGGAGGUGAAUGAUGAAAAUGUCAUUUCUAGAGAACUUACUUUCACCUACAAUACAGAUAUUGUAUCUCUUCAAACGGAUUUUCCAUUUCUAGCAAAAUUAAUGCAUAAGAUACCUCAAGAAGUGGAUGCUCUCACAUUGCAAAAGAUCCUACGUUCCAGCUGGCGCUCUCUGAACCUCUUAUGUGAAAAACCAAGUCUAGAACUCUGCAGGAAUCUUAUUAUGCUUCGAGAUCCUUUGAUUACAGGUAAAAUAAACAAGAAUGAACUACCAGGUUUGCUUUAUACGUUACAGUACUGGCGGGCAGCAUUUGCGAAGCAUGAUCCUAACAACAGAAGCAAAACUAGCAGUUUCAAUUUCAGAGGCCUUUUAUGGGAUGCUGGUCUCACUGUCAGUAACAAAGUGCUUGAAUGCGCUGUUUUACGUUUCACGAAGAACAGCGUACUUACUUCAGAAGCCUUUCUGGUCGCUCUAGUCAAACUUUAUCUAGCCCAUGAGAGAUUCACCACAGUUGAAAAGAAAAUGAAAGAGAAUGGAAUGACAUUAGAAGAGGUAUAUAAUCCUUUAUUUUGUUAA